UUUGUUGAAGCUGCCGUUAUAUCCCAGUAGUCAGCGCAGCAUGCUCGCCAUCGACGACCGCGGCUUCGUGGCCCUCAACAGCUUCUUCGACACGCUCCAGGCCAUGGAGCAGGCCUUCUCGGUGCUCGUGGCGGCGCCAUCGUCGCCCGCGACGGCCGACCUGCGCCUCGCCGUACUCACCGCCGUGGGGCUGCUGGCCGCGGGCUUUGGUGUCGCCGGCCAUCGCGCGCCCCGCGCCUACGUCUUUCUCCAGAUGAGCUUGAUUGGCAUCGCCAUGAGUCCCGAGGCGCUUCUUGGUCCGACGAGCCUCUGGUCCGUGCCGAGCCUGGGCUUUGGGCUGCUUCUCGGACUCCUCGGCGCGGCGCUGCCCAAGGUCGCGAUCGUCGUCAUCGCAUCCGUGGCCGUCAACCGCAACGUGUACACGCAGUACGAGCUGCCGCUGCUCGCGCGCGUCGCCGUCCCUCUCAUCCUCACGCUCAUCUUCGCCAAGGCCGUCGCCGACGACGCCGACAUCCGCACAUAUGUGCUCGCGCUCUCGGCCAUCCAGGGCGCCGACCUGCUCCAAGAAGUGCUCUUGGGCCUCUUGGAGCUCGAGCAAAACCGGAGCUCGCUGCUCGCAGGCCUCCUUAUCUUUGUGCAGCAGUACCAACGCAUGCUCGAGACCAAGCCACCGGUAUUAGUCGCCCACGCCAAACACGACUAAGGGUUCGACUACCGAAAGUACUUGUACUAUGGACGGGUCGACUGCCCGCGAAGAUCACGCGAGCUUCAUGUUCCACUAAUGAAGACAUAGAUGACGU